GGGAGUUUUUGCAGAUGAUGGAAACUAUUGAUGGGGACGGUAAUGAAGAUGAGAUUUAAAAGCUGCCUUCUCUUCCUAGUUAUGAUGAAUUCAGGCAAACUCUUUGCGGAAGAUAAACUUUGUGAUUUGCCGCAUGUAGAAAAUGGAAGGAUUGCCCCGUAUUAUUACAGCUUCAAAGGUCACUAUUUCCCUAUGCGUAAAGGAAAAAGCCUUUCCUAUUCUUGUGUGGCUGGUUAUACAACUGAAACCGGGACUCAAGACGGAAGAAUAACUUGUACAGCAAAGGGAUGGUCUCCAGUGCCACAAUGCUACAAAAAAUGUAAUAAGCCUCUUCUGGAACAUGGCAUUUUUUACGGCACAGAGACGUACUUCAAAAUACAUGAGAAAUUACAAUACAAAUGUAAUCAAGGCUACCACGCCCCCAGCGGUGGUACUGAAGAUACAGUACAAUGUCAGUCAGAUGGAUGGUCUUCCCAGGCAAGCUGUACUAAGAAAGUUGAGUCAUGCCAAGUACCUGAGUUACAUCAUGGCAACUACUUCACAACCCAGCGAGAGCUCCGAGUGAAUGAAGCGCUGCUGUAUAAAUGCGAUGAGGGAUACCAGACCGCGGGAGGAAACACUACAGAAGAAGCAGUUUGCCUCGCUCAUGGAUGGUCCCUUACUCCAAACUGCACGAAAAAAACCUGCCCCUCCUUGGGUGUAAUAGAACAUGGAGGUUUCUAUCCUGUGAAGAAAAUCUAUGAAGAAGGAGAUGUUGUUCACUUUUUCUGUGAGGAAAAUUAUUCUUUUAGUGAAUUUGACCUGAUUCAAUGCUAUUACUUUGGAUGGUAUCCAGAUCCUCCAGUGUGUGAAGACGUAAGAAAUAAAUGUCCUCCGCCACCACUGCCUCCUCACGCCCAUAUCAUCGCAGUCAGGAGAACAUAUCACAAUGGCGACAGAGUUCGUAUACAGUGUCAGAGUGAAUAUGAAAUAAGAGGAUCUGGGGAAAUCCAGUGUGAAAAAGGAAAAUGGACGUCACCUCCUAUCUGUAUGGGGGAAUCUGAGACACCAGCAUUUGAGGCAGAUGCGUCGAUAAGGGCAAGCAAAACGUAUCGCAGUGAAGAAAUGAAAAUACAGCAAAACUGUACCUCUCCACCAGUGAUUAAAAAUGGUGUUCUCCUUGGUCCUUUAUUACCGAGUUACAAAAAUGGUAGCUCAGUAGAAUACAGUUGCCAGCGUUACCAUUUUUUGGAUGGACCCAGUACUGUUUACUGUGAACAAGGAAACUGGACAGAACGGCCUACUUGCUUGGAUCCGUGCAUUCUUAAUGUAACUGAUAUGAACAAUAACAAUAUAGAAUUGAAAUGGAGACAGGAAGAAUUCGUCUUCCUACACGGUGAUCUCAUUGAGUUUGAAUGUAAGCGAGGAUACAAAUUUCCCCAUGCUACCAUGCCAUCCCCUGGGAGAACUCAGUGUGACCGUGGAAAGCUGAAAUACCCCAAAUGUUUUUUGCAAGUUCCCACAGAAAAAUGUGACUCUCCACCGUCUAUUGCAAAUGGAGCUCUUACUUUCCCACCUCUGACCCAGUAUGACAAUGGCUCUUCAGUUCAGUAUAGUUGCUCUGAUUAUCACUUCUUGCAAGGAUCUGAAAGAAUUUACUGUUCCGAAGGCCGGUGGACUUCACCACCACUUUGUAUAGAGCCGUGCACUUUGUCAAAGAAUGAAAUGGAAAAAAAUAAUGUGCUGCUGGAAAGUUUUUAUGAGAACCAAGUUUACUUUUACCAUGGAGAUUACAUUGGAUUUUAUUGCAAACAGAACCAUGUUGGAGCAGAAUCUGGUGUGACUUUAUUUCAAGUGCAGUGCAAGAGAGGACAGCUAGUGUAUCCAAGAUGUGUUGAAAGGAGAGAAUAGUGCAGACAGCUAAAUGGAACCUAUCCACAGUAUGGAGCACCCAGGACACUUCACUGCCUUAUAUGACCCAUGGUCCUCUAACACAGAAACUGAGUGAGAGGACCGCUGUCCGCUGUCAAAUCUGUAUAUUAAAUGGCAUUAAAGCUCAAUUUCUUCUC